AUGCCAGAGGCCGCUCGUGAACAAGCCCUACGUCGAUUGCCAAAAGAAAUCCACGAAGAAUACUUUGCGGCAGAGUUUGGUGCGCAGGUGAAAGAUCCGGAUGCAUUUGCUGCAGAGGGCUCGGUGCUCAGCAUGGAUAGCGACGACAAUGAAGAGAUGGCACUUCUUGCAGAAGCUGAGAUAGAAUUAGAUGCGGGUGAAUUGCAUCAUUCUGGUGGUCCUAUCGAUCAACAAGACAUGGACGAAGGUGAUUUGAAUGCAAUGGAAAAUGAAAGUGAGGCCGGAGACCAUGAACUUCCUAUGUUUGAGCCCGAGCCCUUCGAGGAUUGGGUGGAAGAAGCUGGUAGCGAAGAAGCGCAAGAGGAGUUGGCGGUGCAGCCCAAGAAAAGGCCUGCCAGCCAAAAAGCAAGUGCCAAGUCCAAGGCGAAAGGUCGAGCUGCGCAGAAAAAGCCGGCUGCGCGAAAGCCUAGGCCCAACGAGCUAUGUCCGGAUAUGCCAAGUAAGCCUUGCACCUUUUCAACGACUCGCUUCGGCACAGCUGCCAGGAUUCAUCCAGAGCGAGGGGAAAAGCACUGCAUGUUUUGCAGCGUGGAGGCAUUCGAAAAGGCUUAUGCGUCCGACCGGCCCAAGGUCGUUCCAACUUUGAGGAAGUUGCCUGAGGAAGAUAGACUCAAAGCCUUGACCAACAUAGAAAACUGGCAAGGCCCAGAAAUGGCUCAAGAGAUGAAAUCCAAAGUUGCCAAGGCGAAGGCCACGCCCAAACCAAAAGAGGAAUGGAAGCAGUUGCUCGAAGUCCGAAAACCAUUGAAAGCACCGAUGGAAGAAGAAGAGCAGAUCGAAUAUGAGCAGGCCGUUCGAAAAGAUCGCCAAAGAGCCAGACGAAAAGUUAUGUGCCCGGAGCACAAAGGCAAGCAUGGCACCCGAAAACAAGAGGAAAAAGAAAUUGCAGAAGUUCGAGCUCGAUUUGGCGAGAUCGCCGAUCUUGCGACCAACGACUGUGGCUUGCCCGCCCCACAAGAUCCAACAGCUCGUAUGCUCGAAGCUUGGUGCAAGCAAGGAUCUUGGGCCAUGUGCAGUAAAUGUCAUUCGCUGCAGCCACAAAAUCUGGAGCCGAUGGACCUCAAACGGGUGAAAAAGGCUACCAUGACGCCCAAAAAGUGCACAGCCUGCCGCCACGAAGAGUACGUGCCUGCGUUGGAGGAUGUCCCACCAGUUUUGCGCAACCUGGCACCGGAGGUCUUGCAAGCUUUGCGACUGCUCGACAUCAACACAGGCUUGGAGUGUGCACUAUGGCCCCACCUCUACUGGCAUCGCAACCUUUGCGAAACGGUAGCAAGAGCCUCGCAUGAAAGCCGACAGGCGAAAAAGCGCAAAGCUAAGCGCCAAAUCGUGGAUUCUGAAGAGGAAGACGACGAGGGCAGCACGGAAACCAGCAACGAAAGCAGCAGACCUAGCCCAGACAUCCAGCAGAGCAAGAUGGGCAGAAUCAAGCGCAGCUUCAUUCGAAAGGUGCUUUCGCCGGUCAUCGGAUAUGGCACAGACUAUGAGCUGCUGCAUUUCGUUUAUGACCUCAGCAUGUGGACUACGGUGGGGACCAAGAAGAACAUAGCUCGACAGUUCGAAGUUCCACUCCGGGUGGUCUUGGCUGGCUGCCCGUGGGCCCCACAAUAUUGGCACAUCAGACACUUGGCCGUGAUAGAUAUGCGACGUCAGUGCGGCAAUGCAACUUUGUUCCACACCCGGGCACCCUAUGAGACGACAUUUCCAUAUCACGAAUGGGUGAUGCAUGAACAACGGGUGGCCGGCCGUGCUCGCAUGCAUUUGGCAGGAGCAGAAACGCUCCACCAAGCACAUGUCUUGCUCGAGCUGGACAAGGCUUUCAUUGCUGGAGCUCGUGGGAAAACUGCCCGUGCUGACCGGACAUGGAAGGAUCAUCUUCUUGGACCCGCCAAAGACAAAGACGUCCAGACCGUGAUCAGCCGUGUCACUCGCCUUGAGUUCCAAGAUGGAAAAAGAAAGAAGGCCACAAGAACUUACCAUGGAAGAGGGACGACACAUAGCCAUUCGUUGGACUUUUUGCAGAACAUCAAAGACAUAGGCUUGGAAAGCAAAAUCUCAGCCCAUGUGCCAAACAAGGAGCGCCACCCGUUGUUGCAUGGACUAGUCAUGGAUAGUCAACUGGAUCGCACGAGCUCCAAGAUUCCAAUUCGAAAGCAGAAGUCAAAAUUUGAUGAGAAGACGCAGAAAGUGCUACUCAAGCACACAUCUAAAGACCACGAGCGGCAUGUGCGAGCAUACUUCCCUCAGACAAUGGAAGUCACCAAGUGCCACGAAGACAUUCAGCAGCCAGAUGGCAACGGUGCCGUGCUUCGGUACGUUGCGACUUACUCCCUGAAGUUCAGUGAUUCUAUGGACAAAGAAUGGCUCAACGAGCAGGCUUCAGACUACAGCGUGGCACGGCGCAUUCUCUUUAGCUACCAUCCGCUGGAGCCAGAGAUGUGGCUGACCCUCGCACAAGAGCGCUUCCCCCAAGUAGACUACAAGGGGUCGCUGGUAGAAUUCUUCGUUCCUCUGCCAGACACGGAGAACAAGCCAAAGCUCUUGAAGAACUACGAGGACGCAACAUGGCGCAGCGACGACAUGCCCUUCAUUCAGUUCCUCCGGAAGAGCAACCAAGCUGGAGAGAUCAUGCGCCACAUCAAAGAAAAGCAUUUCCAAUAUGCUGCCAAAAUGGUCGAACAGGCCAUGAUCGAUGCGGAGGUGCCGCCGAAGGAGGCUGCUAAGCAGAGCACUGACCUCAUCAAGCACUACAAGCGACAGCUCAAAGCGGAUGCCUCGCUGGGGACACUAGCAGAGUUUGUGGAGGGUGAGUGGGACGUAUGGCUGCCAGAAGUGGAGGAGUAUGCAAACAGCUACAAACCACAAGCCGAAAAGUUGGUGGCGGCCAGCAUGUACAGUAUGCUCAAUGACCGCUACUUCGGCCAGUGGCUGGUAUUGCACAAGCCCUUUCGCGAAGUAGAAGACCUGACAAAGGCCUUUGCCGGUGUUGCAGCUCAGGUGCCUCCACAUUACCGGUACUUUGCCAUGGCGUUGCACGUUCGGGCCCAAAGAAGCUUGGUUUGGAGCUGCCUCAACGGAGAAGUUGACCUCGACGGCAUGGUGGAAGCAGACAGCAGCUGCGAAGAAUGGGAAGAUGAGCAGGCCGAGCAGCCAAAGAUUAGUCUCACAGCAUCACAGAAAAAGUUUCGCGAGGCCAUGAAGGAGCCAAUGCAACGUGCCUUGAAAGCAGCCAAUGCAACCAGCGAUGAUGAAAUUGAAGAACUGACGGUUGAAGCCCAGAACAGCAACAAGAUGUUGUUCGCCAACGGUGGCCCAGGUACCGGCAAAACCUUCGUGUUACACGAUCAAAUCAAGCGCUGGGAAGCUCGAGGUGCUCGCGCACUCUUCGUGGUCCCCACUGGCCAGCUAGCAGCAGAGAUGAAGCCCCAGCACCCCAACAUCGAUGUGGACACCUACCAUGGCGGGCUCUUCUUUCACAAAGACCUCUCCGAAGCGCUGGGCGCCAUGACGCAAUAUGACCUCAUCAUCUUGGAUGAGGUUUCAAUGCUGACAGCAGAGCAGUUCGAGCGAGUGAUUGCCAUGUGGGCCGCUGCUGACAAACUACCUUGCAUCUUGCUGGCCGGCGACUUCUGGCAGAUGCCGGUGGUGGACAAGAAUGCACGCCGCUGCGACGAAAGCCCUUCGUGGAGAUCCAAUGUCCGCACCAUUACCUUUCGAGAGCAAGUCCGGUGCAAAGACCCAGAACUGCAAAAGACAUUGUCCCUGUUGCGAACUGCAAUUCCCGGCAAGCGUGAGUUGAAAAAGAUCUUGCGCGGGCACAGGGCAUGGACUAGCCACGCGCCUGAAGCGUGGGACAUCUUGUGUUUACUGCGCAACCAACCUCGAACCACCAUCGUGACGUGCACCCGCAAAGCCAGCGGGCUGGUGAACGAGCUCGUUAUCCAAGUGCUCUUCGAAGACCGGCACAAGAAACCGCUCGGCGAAAUCCCGAUGGACUUCGACACAAACCCGGACAAUUACCUUGCCGACGGGAGCCUCAAGAAGGGCAAGUUGCACCCAAAGAUGACUCAGGUAUAUCAAGGCGAGCGGCUCUUCUUGACCAAGAACCUGGACAAGGAGAAUGGCUUUGUGAAUGGCAUGUCCGCCAUCGUGCACGACUAUGACCCAAGAAGCCAGUGCCUUUCAGUGAUCACAAAGAUGGGGAAGAUGCUUGCAGUGCAUUUCUACACAGAAGAAGUUCAGGGCCACGGAAACGUGACUUGCUUCCCGGUCCGCUUAGGCUACGCUACCACGAUCCAAAAAAUUCAAGGUGCUACAGUGCCACACAUCACCCUGUGGUUGGACAGGCCCGGGUGCCGCGCUGCAGCCUACGUGGCAUUGUCGCGGGUGGAACGGGCCGCCCACUAUUUGAUCGCUGGGAAGGUGCGCCCGGCCCAUUUUGUGCCAGCACAGUGA